AUGACGGCGACGACGAGUGCCCCCGUCCCGCGGCUGCGACGCAGGCUGGAGCGGCUGGCUCAGCCCAACUACCGGCACGACAGCAGGAGGAACAAGUCCGUGGCCAAGCCCAACCUGAGCGUGGGGCCGGACCCCAUCUGGCCCAUCCCCAAGGCGGCCCUGCGCGCCCAGCCGACGCCGCACGUUUCCAGGCUGUCCAUCGCGCCCUCCAGGAAGCUGGACAUGCACGCCGACACCAGCCGGUCGCGCGCCGCGCACUCCUGCGGCAGCGUGACGUCGCGCGUGAGCGCGCGCCUCGAGGCGUUGUCCAAGCCGCGGCUGCCGUUCGUGUGA